AUGUACUGGUACCUCUUCCAGUCCUGCGUCGGCAUAUCUGUUCGCCAAAAACCACACACUCCGAAGUCGGUGCUCGAGUUCACCAUGCCGCGCCGUACGCUCAAGUUCCACAAUGGGUCUACCCCUAUCGAAGGCGACUACAUGCCCGGCAGCGCAACAGGGCCGUUCAGAUGGAUGGACCCAUCUCACGCAGUCUGGGAGGGAGAUAUUCGCGAUCCGGAGGCUCACGCGACUGGAUACAAGAACGCACACUACGACCGUGAUGCUCGGAAGGGCAGACGCGCAAUCAUCGUCGAUCGUUCCCAACUCGAGGGGCUAAAUGUUACCUUGCCGUCGCGCACCGGCGGCUUGACAGGAGCCUUGAAAACGAUAUUGAGCAUGAUGCGCUUCUGGGAUGCUCCUCUGGAUAAUAUCAGCUGGUGGACAGCUAUGGUCUACAUAACAGGUAGUUCGCUAUUCGUCAUGGCCAGCUACAUCAAAGGGGGCAACACUCAGCUGGAUUACGACUACAACCGCUGGUUCGCUUGGGCUGGCUCUGCGGUGUUCGCCGUUGGGGCCUAUCUCAUGAUUCUCGAAACGAUCAACUCCAAUCGCACCCCCGUAGGCUAUCAUGUCGAACCGGUUUCCGAUGCCUCAGAUGUGUCUGCCAAAACAGAGAGCAAGUUCGUUCCAAACGAUUGGGAAUAUAAUAGGAGAUUUGGUUGGUCAAAGCCAGACUGGAGCUGGUUCACAAAGCUCGCGGAUUUCCGCCGACGGGACCUUGGCUUCUGGGCCACUAUGAUACAGGCAGUGAGCUCGGCCUUAUUCUUCUGGGCCAACAGUGUCAGCCUCCAACCGACAUGGCGCCACAUUGCGGAAGAUCCCAAGACAUUGAAAGGAGCCUUCUAUUUCCCCAUAUUCACAGGAUGCAUCGGCUUCGCGGUAGCUGGGAUCAUUCUCGCUCUCGAGAUGCAGACAAGAUGGUGGAAGCCGGCUUAUGAUCAGAUUGGCUGGCAUAUUGCUAUGCUCAAGUUCACUGGCGCCUGCCUCUUCAUCGCCGCCGGGCUUUAUGCUAUGUAUGAGAAGAGUUACGAGUCUGCAAUGUUGUCACUGUCGGGCUCGGUCGCUUUCCUCUGUGGCAGCAUUCUGCUAUGGUUUGAGGUCAUGCUGCCACAUCCUGUCUAUUACGAAAAAGCGGAUCAGUCUCAAGUGAAAGGGGAGGAGGAGCCAGUCAAUGCCGUAGACUAG